GCUGACCUGUCCGGCGCGGUGCGCUGGCGGCGGGCGGCGGCGCCCCGAUGCGGCGGGGCCAUGGGCUCGCUGAGCAGCCGCGUGCUGAGGCGCCGGGCCGGGCCGGGCGCGGGGCUGCUGCUGGCCGCCGGGGCCGAGGGGGACGCGGGCGGCGGCAAGCGCAAGCGCGGGGGCGGCGAGGGGCCGCCCGACAGCGACAACGACGGCGAGGACGGGCUGCUCGACACCCCGCGGAGGAAAAAACUCAAAAGCACAUCCAAGUAUAUUUAUCAGACUCUGUUCCUGAACGGUGAAAAUAGCGAUAUUAAGAUCUGUGCUCUGGGAGAGGAGUGGAACUUGCACAAGAUAUACUUGUGUCAGUCAGGCUACUUUUCCAGUAUGUUCAGUGGCUCUUGGAGGGAGUCUAGCAUGAAAAUCAUAGAACUGGAGAUCCCUGACCAAAAUAUUGAUAUAGAAGCUCUACAGGUAGCUUUUGGCUCAUUGUAUAGAGAUGAUGUUUUAAUAAAACCCAGUCGAGUUGUUGCCCUUCUAGCAGCAGCCUGCAUGCUGCAGCUGGAUGGCUUAAUCCAGCAAUGCGGUGAGACAAUGAAGGAAACAAUUAAUGCAAAAACUGUGUGUGGCUACUACAAUUCUGCAGGAACAUAUGGAUUAGACUCUGUAAAGAAAAAGUGCCUUGAAUGGCUUUUGAAUAACCUGAUGACUCACCAGAGUGUUGAACUCUUCAAGGAACUCAGGUAUUCAGAUUUUAGUUUUGUCUCUUCCAGCAUAAACCUCAUGAAACAGCUGAUCAGCUCUUCUAACCUGUUUGUAAUGCAGGUGGAGAUGGAUGUAUAUACCGCUCUGAAGAAGUGGAUGUUCCUUCAGCUAGUGCCUUCUUGGAAUGGCUCACUAAAGCAACUCUUAGCUGAAGCUGAUGCCUGGUUUUCCAAGCGUAGAAAAGAUUUUGGGGGUGACCUUGCAUUUCUAGAAUCUGAACAAGGCAGCAUAUUUUUGCCUGUGUUCAAACAUUUGAGAUUGCAGUACAUCAUCAGUGAUUUGGCAUCAGCAAGAAUUGUUGAGAGAGAUGCUCUGAUACCUUCAGAAUGGCUGUCCUCUGUUUACAAACAGCAGUGGUUUGCCAUGCUCAGAGCAGAACAAGACAAUGAUAUUGGCCCUCAGGAAAUCAAUAAAGAAGAACUUGAAGGAAACAGCAUGAGGUGUGGUAGAAAGCUUGCAAAGGAUGGUGAUUACUGCUGGCGAUGGACUGGAUUCAACUUUGGCUUUGACCUGCUUGUUACGUAUACAAACCGCUAUAUCAUAUUCAAACGGAACACACUGAAUCAGCCGUGCAGUGGGUCGGUCAGUUUGCAGCCCCGGAGAAACAUAGCAUUCAGGUUACGUCUAGCCUCUUUUGAUAGCAGUGGGAAACCCAUUUGCAGUAGAACCACAGGAUAUCAGAUCCUAACUCUGGAGAAAGAUCAGGAACAAGUAGUAAUGAACUUGGACAGCAGACUUCUGAUUUUUCCUCUCUUUAUCUGCUGUAACUUCUUAUACACAUCGCCAGAGAAGAAGACAGAGAAUGAGGGACCACUUGAUAAUUCUGAAACCUGAGAUCUGUUCAGUGAAACAUAGUAGCACUUUGAUAACUCUGUAUGCCUGCUUUAAUUUAAAUGCCCUGCUGACGCACAAAGCUAUGGCAAAUAAAAGGCCUUAUACUGUAGCAAAUAUACAUGGCUACUCUUAGCCUCAGUAUAUUCCUAUGCAUAUCUGAAGGAAGAUCUGAAACCAUAUAGGCCAAAACUAGUUAUACGAUAAGUUUGUUUGCUUGUAUUUUCUGUUCUGCAUCUCAGACAAGAGCCAUUCCAUAUUUGAAUUGUUACUCUUUUUUAUGGGCAAAAUCUGAGCCUAAGUGAUGACAGUGAGUCAGUGUGAAUGAUGGUACUAGCUUAGAUAUAAAAUUCUGGAGCACUCAUUAUAUCUGAGUAAAAAAUAAUGUUUUCUUUGCUAUCCGCAAGAUUGUACUUUUUUAUAACUGCAAUGUAAAUAUUAAGAUUCAAAUUAAACUCAUGCUAGUCCUUGCACCAGGGCAAAAUAGGCCUGUUUAGAUUUUGCCCUUUAACGUCUGUUAUUUAACUGAAUACAGGUUUUCCAACCUGAUUUUUGGGUUUUGUUUUUUUUAACCUUUUUCGUGUCCCAUAUAUGCUUCUCCACCCCCUUGACCUUAGUUCAUUUUUUAACUUUGUGGAAAAUAUUUUUUUAUUUUCUGUUGGGUUUUUUUUGUUUGUUUUGGUUUUUUUUUUUUUUUAGAGUAACCACAGGAAGGUCAAUUUUUGAAACUUUCAGACAAGUCAUUCAUAUGUCUUCUUUUGAUAUACUGAAUUCUGCGAGGUGUGCUCUUUGUCUCUUGUGUCUUUCUAUUGACAUAAUCAAAAUUUUGUGCUAGGAUUUGAAGGAAUCCUAAUAUUCUUGGGUAUACCAAAUAUCAGUUUUAAAAUAUUUUGAGUAUUUUUUUUUGUAACUUGUGACUUGUUUUAACUGUUCAUUGGGAAUCCAUGUCCCGCUUUAAGCUCAGGACCUUGUGACCUUUGAGUGCCUUUUGAGUUACAUGUUUUAACACAAACUUCACAUCAGUUAUGCAAGGUCACAGGAUCCCAAAUAGGAGCUGAGAAUAAGGGAUUAACUUCUUCGUUUGUUGUUUAAUUGUUUCAGUCAAGGAUAAGAUGUACAUUUUGUAUUGGUUUUGUACAUAGUGGUAUUUUUUUUUAUGUUUGUUGAUAUUUUGAAUUCCUAUUUACAGAAUUUUGGAUGCAAAGUGAGACUUGCCUCCACUGUAGCCUAUUUUUAAAGUUGAUAUUGUUAGAAAAGUAUAAAACUCUUUGUACACUCUAACAAGGAUAAAAUACAUGUUUAGCAAAACGUGGCAACUUGUGAAUAAAUCAUUUGAAGUGGAA